AUGGCACCGCUGCUAGAAAUCGCUAUCCCUUCUACUAGCGUAUCCGACGAAGGAUCAAAGAAGCCGUAUACGCUCUACAACAUUACACUGCGACUUCCCUUGCGAUCCUUUGUCGUGCAGAAACGAUAUUCCGACUUUGACGAGAUCAACAAGAUCCUCACACAGCAAGUCGGCGCGCCACCGCCAGAGCCUCUUCCUGGCAAACACUGGCUCAAAUCCACCGUCAACUCUGCCGAAUUGACACGCGACCGCCAAGUAAAACUCGAGAAAUAUCUGCGUGCGAUCGCAGAGUCACCCGAUCGACGAUGGCGCGACACUCCAGCCUGGCGAACUUUCCUCAACUUGCCCAGCUCGAGCACGACCAACUCGGCGCUGUCGGCGGGCGGAAUGGUUAGGACCGCAGCUUCUGGUGCCGCGGACCCCGGUACAUGGUUGGACAUCCAUCGGGACUUGAAACAAAAUAUACACGAAGCGAGACAGUGUUUGUCGAGACGAGACGCCGCUGUGGACAAUGGCAAUUCGACGGCUGCAGCGGAAGCGGGCGCAGCAGCCAAGAGGGUCCUCGUACAAAGUGGCACCUUGAUCGCGACACUUGCGGAUGGGCUACGAAGAAUACAAGAGUCCGGGCGACUCGGUGAGGGCGAAUUGCGACGACGACGCGAUCUGGUCAACCAAGCUCGUAUGGAGCGAGAGGGCCUCGAUAAAAUCUCCAACAGCAUGCCUAGCUCGACCGCAGCUGCUGGCCGAGGCGGAUUCAGUCAAGGGCAAGCUUCAACGGCCGACAAAGCUGGACUUUUAAGGGGAGGUCGUCCCGCCGGUCGUGUCCUGGGUGCCCCUCUACCAGAGACCGACAAGACUCGCGAACUGGAUAAUCAGGGGGUUCUGCAGCUCCAAAAGGAAGAGAUGCAGAACCAGGAUCUUGCAGUUGACCAACUCACCGCAAUCAUCCGACGACAGAGAGAAAUGGGUGAGCAGAUCCACGAGGAAGUCGAGCAUCAGAUCCGAAUACUAGAUCAGUUUGACGACGACGUCGACCGCACGGGAGCGAAGCUAAAGGUAGCCAACAACCGUAUUAAGAAGAUGUGA